CCGCUAUACAGUACAAUGAUAGACUCUUCGGUUCAAGCAGCCGCCUAUGCUAUAGUCGAACCACCGUGGAAAAAGAGGAAACCGAACCCAUCUCAAUCGUCGUUUUUGUCUCUUCCAGAUGUAAUAAUUCUAAACUGCUUAGCUCGCAUAUCGAAGUCGUACUACCCUAUACUCUCCCUAGUCUCCAAGACCUUUCGCUCUCUUAUCUUAUCCAUUGAGCUCGGCACCGCACGAGUUCACCACAAAACACAAGAAUCGCUCUUUUCUAUAUGUAUACAGCAUCCCGACCGUCCUCUUCCCUUAUGGUUCGCCCUCUGGAUACAACCUGAUCAAAUCGAGAAGAAGAAAGCUACAUUGGUACAAGUACCCUCUUCCUAUACUUCUGGAGAACCAUUGUUCAUUUGUACGGUUGGUUCAGAUACCUACGCAUUCGAACAACGUUAUCCUCCGUCCCAAGUCAUGUUAGUCCACCACCAUGGGAACCUUUUAUGGAGUAACGCACCUAAAAUGACUGUAGCUCGAGCGAACCCCGCUGCAUGCGUGCUCCACGGGAAGAUAUACGUAUUUGGAGGUUGCAAGGAAAAUGAAUCCGCGGAAAGCUGGGGUGAGGUUUUCGAUACAAAGACUCGAACAUGGGAGCCUUUACCUGACCCUGGAGCCGAGCUUCGGUUCUCUUAUGUGAUUAGAAAAAUAGAGAUUACUAAAGGGAAGAUUUACGUUAGGAGUAACGAGGAGAAAGACUCUGUCUAUGAUCCGGAAACACGUAAGUGGGACGCUACAGCAAAAGCACCUGUGGAUGAUGUUAGGUGUAUGGUAGGUAAUAUACAUUACGUUUGUCGUGCGAAAAGUUUCAUAUGGUAUGACAAAGAGUGUAACGAGUGGAAACAGGUCAAGGGGUUGUCUUCAUUGAUUAAGAGCUGUCGACGGGGUUUGAUUGAAACAGUUGAGUAUUGUGGGAAACUCUUAAUCAUGUGGGACAAGUUUGCGCAGCCUCGUCGUCGUGAUUGUCAAGAAAAGACUAUUUUUUGUGCAUUGGUUGCGCUUGAAAAGCGCCAGAAUGGUGAAGUUUGGGGAAAGGUUGAGUGGUCUAAGGGUGUGCUUACGGUUCCCCGUUCAUACGUCUUCUUGCGUUCUUGCGUUCUUGCGUUAUAUGGACUUGAUCAAUUGUCAUCUCUUUUUUUUUUUUUUGUCGAGAAUGGCUUUUAG